AUGGAAAUUUCAGUAGCGCAUGAGCAGUAUUACAGAAGUGAAAGGAGCCAGCCACCCUGUUUGUCCUGCUUUGCUGGCAAUGGGCUGAACGGUUCCAUCAGGAGUAAGCCGACGGUAAAGGCUGCGUGGAGGGCGCACAAUAAAACGGGGAAAUUGCACGCCCAGCAUCAGCGGCAGCAAUCGUUGCAACUCCCGGGCCAGAGUCCAGGGUCUUUAUUCACUUUGAAGGUGCAGGUAAACAAUGUGGUCACUCGUCAUUACCUGGACAGGGCCACUGUUGAUGUCUUUGUUAACUUCACAAAAACUAACUCGGCCCUUACUGAGGAUGAUGGAGGAGUGGUGUUCAAAGUACCUUACACGCUGGGCCUCACUUUGACCGUCACAGCGCGUAAAGGAGGCUACCUGCUGGCAUCUUUGCCCUGGAAAACCCGAAGAGUGCCAGUUUUUGCGGCUGUAACACUUUCAAUGAUUCCACAAAGCCGAGCAAAUCUAUGGUUAUUCGAAGACACCAUCUUGAUAACGGGAGGAAAAAUUGAUGACGGAAGAUAUCCUAGCGUCCAAUUCCCAAAAGGAUUACUGAAACUACCGAAGAAUACAUAUAUUUCUAAUCUAACAGCCUAUCUCACAGCUCCGCAGCUUCCUUGGCGAACAGACAACUUUAUCCACACGAUGGGAACCUUAAUGAACAAAUCAAGGCUGAAGAGCAUCGAACUGACACCACUGGCUGCCGUUAAUGUUGAAUUGUUUGCUGCUGGAAAACACAUAAAGGUGGCGGGAUCCAUCCACAUUACGUUACCCCUUGGACCAACUGACCUGGUAACACAUGCAGAUGCUCUUCCAGCCUGGACAUUUGACCUGAAAAUUGGUGCCUGGGUAAACCGAGGACUCGGAACGGUUAGAAAAGAAGGUGACCAGCUAGUCUGGACCUACAUAGCCCCUCAUUUGGGUCACUGGAUAGCUGCCCCGUUACCAUUAGCCACAGGUACAAUUGGUCGUAUUGCAAAGGACAUAAGCAGCUACCAUACAGUACUUCUGGUGACUAUAUUAGGAGGCACUGCAGUGAUUCUUGCUGGUUUUGUAGCUGUGCUUUUCUGUUACUGCAGAGGGCGAUACCAUCAUCCGCACAAAAACUCGCAAAUCAAGGCCAAAAUGGAUUCCUCCAAGAAAGACCAGACUACGUCGACCAACCACGUGAACUUGGCUCCUGGCACCAAAGAAGGCCCAAAACCCGACGAGAAGCCUGUGUCGCAACAGCCUCCCGUCAUCGCCUACAGCCCACGAAAGGAGGUGCCUCAAAAAGAAGUGAAGGAAUUCUGCAAACUCGUGAACAAAUCUGCAGAGAAACAAAACAAUGAGAGCUGCAAAAUCUACGUUGAAAAUUUCACAGUCCGGUCGCGGAAGAAGUGCGGGGAUAACCUCUACCAACAGGCGGUCAUCAACCCAGAGGAUGUCCCCAAGAAUGCAUUGCAGAUGAAACACAUGAAAAUGCUGGCCCGGAGGAAAGAAAUGAUUGAAGAGCAGUACAAAAUGCAGCACGCUGUUAAUGAAGAAAUGUACCAGUUACCUCUUAUUUCAAAUAAAUUAUUGCCUAUUUAUAACCCGGCUGUGGCUAUCAUGCAAGGCCAAAAUCACUUUGGUACUCCGGACCAGGUUUCUAGGUCAGCUACCUUGCCCAGAAAUAGGCAGAUGGUCUAUAGCCCGUUGGCUGAGCCACUCACCAGGGAUAGUUACACACAGACACUUCCUAAGAUGCCAUUGCAUUCCCAGCAACAGUCAGAAACCCAGAGACAACAGCAGGUUCUUCAAGGGCAGCAGGACUAUGUAAACGUAAAGCAGGUGCUGGACCCCAAGAUGCCUGCCAACUGGGGAAGGUACAGCAACAACCUGCUGGAGUCUGUGUCUGUUCCUGGCACCCUGAACGAAGCAGUAGGAGUGACCCCGUUUGCCACUGAACUGCAGGGCAUCUCCGAGCAGACGUUGUUAGAGCUGACCAAAGGCAAGCCCUCGCCGCAUCCCCGGGCGUGGUUUGUGUCACUGGAGGGGAAGCCAAUACCGCCCAUCAGACAUUCGUGUGUGCUCAUUCAGAAACCAAAAAAAGCGCACAGCAACGACACGAGUCUCGAUUCAGGAGUUGACAUGAAUGAGCACCACACGGGCAAGAGGCCGGAAAAGGAAAAGACUAGCGCCAAGGGCGCAGCUGCCUCGAAGAACCUUUACUCGGAAGACGCGGAGCUGAGCGGGAGUGAAAGCGGGACCACGGUGUGCACCCCUGAGGACCUGUCCUUCAGGCAAGGCCUGGAUGUGGGCAGUGGCCAGUUAGUCGAGGUUGAAGAAGAACAAAGUGACCGGAGUUUGCAGGAUGAAGAGAUCAGUGUGACCCCUCCCCACAGACAGGGGCGAAUGAGUACUAAAGGUGAGGGGGACGAUAGUAAAAAAAGUGUUUGGCAGAAGAGAGAGGAGCGACCUCUGAUCUCUAUAAACUAAGUUGAGUUGCUUUGCUUCCAAACCUUCACAAUGGAACAAAAGCAUGUUUUUGGUUCUGUGGUUAAGCAGGUUUUUAUGCACUCCAUUUUCUUGUUAUUUACAAUUCAUUGUACUGAAUAAAGACACUUUGUAUGUGUAUCUUCUAGAUCUUUCAUUAACUCGAAUAUACUGUAAAUACACAUGGUUAUCAAGCACCAAGUUAACAGAAUUUGUGCCCUUGAGACUUUGGCCCCAGAGCCAAUUCAUAAAUUAACUUUGUAAGAUUAUCUGAUCAGCUUCUAGUAUGAUUUUACAAUCAAACCUUUGUGUCCUUUGUUUUUCAAAGCAAUUUCCCCUGAUCUCUCACCUCUGUCACUGUGAAUCUUGAGCAAGAAAGAAAGCAAUUGAAUCCUCUUUUGAUGUUUAAAAUGUGUCCAUGCUGAAAAUGUGUUCAUAUCCUGUUGUCAAAAAGUAGUUAUGGUUAAGUUUGAUUUGUGCCUGUAAGGAUCAAUUUGUGUGGUGCCCACAGGAAAGCUGAUCCAGGAAUUUAAUUAAAUUCAUACUGAAGACAACAGACUUAAUUUAAAACUGCAUUGAUACAGGGAUACACAGUCUCGUCCUCAGGCACCUGUCUUGACUUGUCUUUAUUUAAAUGUCAACAUGGUGUCUUGGCACUUCAUUUCAUAAUGUAUCCCCUUCAAAUUUAUUUCCACAACUUGGUGCAAAAUAUAGUUUCAAAUGGUAGUUUUGUAAGAUGUUAAACCAUGUGUAUGUUUUUUUAAAAAACUCUAAUCCAAAAAGCACAAAUUUUGCAAAUUUGCUAAUGGUUGUGAUACUUUGCAUGUGACUUUGGGAGUAGGAAUCCACACAGCAAUAUUUAGAAAACGGAGCAGAUGUUUGAUGUUGCAUUCUGAGAGGCUAAGGCUUAUCUAUAAAUAGAAGCAGAGUUACCUAGUUUACAGUUAAAUCUGAAAAGGCUUAAUAGGAAGCACUUUUUACGAGUCACUUUAAAAUGUAGAAAGCACAAUAAAGAGACUAAAGAGUUCUAAGUCCAGUCACAAAAGCUAUUUCAUUUUUUUUCUUUCUGUGACAGAGGUGGGCAGAAAACAUUGAAACAAAUUGGCUUUAGAGCUUUGCCAGCAAACCACAUCACAAAGUAUGCUUGUUCUUUCUCGUAUGAUGAUUCCCCAGCCAUUUUAUGGCAUCCAUCUUGUUUGCAAUUAGUUAUCUGUUAAGAUCCUAAGGAGUCACUGGGCAUUUUUAAGCUGAUAAAAAGCUGCAUGACAUCAUGCUGCUAACUCUGAGAUUUGAAGUGAGGUCUUUGUUUUUACUCUGUUCUCAUUCGCCACAAUCCAGGCAGUUUUCCUGACUGAAAUAUACUUCCAGUAAAUCAUUCAACUAAUUCUGGUUAAUCUUGGCAACUACGUGUUUGAAAGGUUAGACUCGUUAUUCUUGGAACAUAUCUUGAUAAGCAGUUUGAGUUUUCACUUCAUUCAUGACAAGAUACAGGAACUAAAGCAAGAGCUUGCUAUUUUGUGAGAUCAUUGGGAAGUAUUUUAUUGUAUUAUAUGUUUUGAAGAAAGUGUUUGCUUACUCCGUGUGGUGUCAAGCAUGGUUGCAUGUUCAUACAUUUUGUUCAUUAAACAAGCUGAUUUUGCCAUAAGACUCUUGUAUUUUGUGUAACAUUUCUAAGAAGUAGUGAAUUACAUUCAGAAUUGUUUUAUUGCAUUGUUGAAAACCCAAUAAAACUGAACUAAGUUUUGUUUACAUUGGUGUUUGAGUCCAAUGCUGUUUCAUAGCACUAUCAACAACUCCCUCAAUCGCUGAUGAUUAAGAGUGGAUGAUGGGAUGAUAAUUAGUCGGAUUGGAUUUGUCCUGCCUUUUGUGAUCUGGAUAUUCCCAGACAAUUUUCCACAUUCCCUGGUGUUGUCACUGUUUUGGAACAGCUUGGCUAGAGGCAUGGCUAAUUCUGAAGCACAACUUGUCGGCACUGUAACUGGGGUAUUGUCCGGUUCCAUCGCCAUUACUGCAUCCAGAAUGUUCAUUUUUUUGCUAUUGCGUGGGGGAAAUGACGGCUGAACUUCUGUGCUGAUGAGGGAGGGGAAGCCAAGGUGGAUUGUCCAUUUCGUUCUUCUGGCUGCAGAUGGUUGCAAAUGCUUUGCACUUUGGCACUUGAGUGCUGGGCUCAAUCUUAUGAGGAUGGGGAUGUUCACAGAACCCCACCUUGUUAGCCCCAUCCAUGUGGAUAUGUCGUAGUUGCAGAACUUUUGAUCUGGUCUGUUGGUUGUGAGAUUGCUCAGCUCUAUAAAUCAUUUAGCUUCUACCAUUUAGCAUACAUUUGGCCAGGUUAACAUGUCAUGUUUAAUUUUUUUUAAAAUUUUAUUUACAGCGUGGUAACAGGCCCUUCCGGCCCAACGAGUCCGUGCCGCCCAUCUAAAACCCAAUUAACCUACCUGUACGUCUUUGCAAUGUGGGAGGAAACCGGAGCACCCGGAGGAAACCCGCGCAGACACGGGAGAACGUACAAACUCCUUACAGACAGCGACGGGAAUCGAACCCCAAUCGCUGGUGCUGUAAUAGCGUCGCGCUAACCGCUACGCUACCGUGCCGUCCUGAUGCUUGCUCCUUAUGUGUUCUUCCUGCACCUUUCAUUGAAUCAGCAUUAUUCGAGUAAAUUAUUAAUUUCACUCAUGGCGGAUACGUCAUUAGCCAGAUGAAACCAAGUUAACAUUGUGUAACCAAAGGAGAGUGUUUGUUUGAUGAAGUGUUUUGUUCUAGGUUGCACAUUGUGAAAGAGUGACAGAACAGUUUAAACAGUCACUGAAAAGAAAUUGGGAUAAAUAUUUAAAGCUUCCAAGGGCUGUGCGAUGAUCACUCCUACCGAUACUCGAGAACGGAUGUACUUGCAACAAGUAGGCUGUCUUUUAAAGGUUUUCUCUGUUCUCACCCCGGCCCAGGACUCUCGUGUUUCUGAAGUCCAUCGUUUCAAGUUAUCACUCAUUCAAAGACUGGGUAAACAAAGUGCAUCAUUUUUCCUUAUCAGACGAGAGAAUUCUUUAAUCGUCCGGGUGACCCUUUGGUGCUUUGCAGUUCAUCAUGCUGUCCCUUUGCAGGAAGGCAGUUCCCGGACACCCCUAUCUCGUGGUCCUGCUUCUCAUGGUCGGAUCACACAGUUAUAAAGCUGUCUCAGCUGUGCUCUCGCGUUGAU